AUGUCGUCAGAAACAGCUAUUCGCUUAUCUGCAAGUAUACCAUUGGAACACGAAGGAUACAAAGAUGACGAACGAAGAAAUAUCAACAACUAUCAUGAAUGUCCCUCACCACCUAUAAAAUCCCUCAAACCACCAUCCCCAUCCAUCAACCCCUCCCCUCAACUCCCUUCUACCCCUACAAUACCGACUCUCCGAUUACCCAUCCCACUCGUCUGUCUACCUUCACACACACCUUCAAAAUCUACCCUCAUACCUUCCUUACCCCACAAACCUAUAAACAGUGGCGGUGGAAUGGGGAAUAUACCGAACUCGGUCAAAGACCUGAGAAGUCUAGCCUCGUCGGUGGGUCAUUCUACCCUUAGACCUAUAUCUACGAAUGAAGGAGAAAGUACCAUUAGACCUGGACCUGGGGGAAGUUUGAUUUCGUUUGGAGGUCAAUUGAGGAACUUAGACAAAUCGUUCUUGAAGCAGUUUGCAACUCGUUCGAAAGAGGGUAGUGACAGCUCUAGUACUGUUAGAUUGGAUGAACAUGGAAUGAUGGAUGGAAGAAGAUUGAGUGGGGAAAAGAGAGGGAUAGAUGAGGUUGAUGUGGAGUGGUGUUUCUUCUGUGGCAAGGAGAGGAUAAGAGCUGAGAUGGGGUUGAGAGAGGUGGAUCUGAUGAAGAUGCUUUUGCCAGCCGCGACUGCUUCAGGGAUUGAGGGGAAGAUACAGGGAGAGGGUGAAAAGGAGGAGGAGGGAAAGAGUUGGCAGUGGGUUUGUAAGAGAUGUGAUCGGGAGUAA